CUUACCGUGAGAUGUCGGGGCAAGGUAAUUGUUUACAUAAAUAUCUGUGACAGGCUUCGCUUCAAUGAUACAUCCAUCAUGGCUGCACCUCGUAGAGCCAGCCAUCAAGAGAGUCGGUCUUACUUGCCUUCACCUCAUUAACUUCGGUUUUGCCUUCCACCUUUUCAAGGAAAAUGUCGGCGGCCUAUGCUUCAUGGCUGGUCCUUCUAUGCUUCCAACGCUUGACAACAGCGGCGAACUGGUUCUCGAAAGCAUUCUCCCUCAUCGGUUAUUUCCUAAUCAACUUGGAAGAGGGGAGCUCAUAACCCUGACAUCACCCGUUGAUCCCUCUCGCAUCAUUUGCAAAAGGGUAAUUGGCCUUCCGGGUGAUGUAAUUUGCGUCGAUCCGACUGGGCUCAAAGCUCAUUCGACCGAGCAUGUCGUCAUCCCCAAGGGGCACAUUUGGAUUGCUGGUGACAACGCCGCGUGGUCAAAAGACUCGCGCGAGUAUGGUCCUGUGUCUAUGGCCCUAGUAAGAGGCAGAAUUACUGCCAGGAUUUACCCGUUCAACCGGUUCACCGUCUUCUCUAAGAACGCAACUUACAUCGAACAGUGACACACGGGAUGACAAUCUAAAAUUGACAGGCAAUAUACAUUGAUGAUAUGCUUUCUAAUACAGCGUGACAUACUGCAGUUUGAAGGAAUUCAAGAUCUUAAUACUAUCGAACAAUGUUCAUCGAGUAACCACCUUGCCCAUUUGGUUCAAACUUGAAGUUGUCAGUGGACAAUCCAAAGUUGCCUGAUGGUAUAACGUCAGGCUUAUCAGUUUGCAGAGGGAAGUGACGACGUACCCAGUAUACUAUUGCCGAGGCU